AUGAAAAUUCAUAAUUCUUAUUCUAGACAAGUAAUUGAAGAAACAAUAACAAAAUGCAGUCGAUUUUGUGGUCCACUUCGAAUUCCAAAAAAGGUUCCACCAAAAAACUAUGAAAAUAUAUUGAAAGUUUUGCAAACUUAUUCGAAUUUUGAUUUGAACAAAAAUUGGUUGAAAUUGAUUGCAGAUCAAUUUAAUGGAAAAUAUAUCGAUUUUCAAAAUGAUCAAUUAAUGACUACUUAUACAGCUAAUGUAAGUUUUUUAUAAGAUUAUUCCUGAAAAUAAAAAAAAUGUUUUUUUCAGUUCAAAACUCGUUGGAUGUUUUUCUCAAUGUUUUUCACAAUUUUGACAAUGAUAUUUAUUUAUUUUCUAUUUUCAAUGUCAAAAACUCUAACAAAUCGAGUUUUGAAAUUUAUAAAAUUCCGGAAAUAUUACACGGGAUAUACAAUUAUCCCAGUUUUUUGUUGUAUUAUGAUUAUCUCAAUUACUGUAACAUUUGGAAAAGAAGCAACGAAAGCUGGAAUUGCUAUACAAAAUUCGAAAAAUUGGAGAGAAACUGCGCAAAAACGUGGGUUUUUCACAACUUCAACUCUUUGAGCUACAAAAAUAGUUCCUGAGCUCAAAUUUUGCAGGUAGCAGAUUUGUGCAGGAGCAAACUUGGGACGAAAUGAAUUGCUCAACUUUUUUCCCACCUAUAGAUUAUCGCGUUUUAGACAACAUCGAAUAUGGAAUGUUCGGGAUAACAACAGAAGAUAUAAAUGGAGCCAUCGAAUAUAAAUUAGGUUUGUAUAAAAGUCUCAUUCAGAACUCUGGUCUAUUUUUUCAGGAAAAUAUUUGCUAAAUGAAUUGACCGAUCUUUUUGUUGAAGCGUUGUUGCGUUUCUACCAGUUUCAACAUGACGUGGUUUUUAAUGAGAUUUUUUUGCUGAACGAUCGAACUUAUGAGUUGCUCAAAAUUCCGAGUGAAAAUCUGAUAAAUACUGCAAAAUAUACGAUUUUUGUGGUUUCGAUGGUUUCAAUUUGCUUCACUUCUUUCAUUUGUUUAAUGGUUUUUCUGGAUUUAAAGAAUAAAUGUGAGUUAUUUUACUGAGAACAGAACAGAGCUUCUUCCUUCUUUUUCCGUAAUAUAUUUUUUCCAGAUCCACAAAUAAUAAAAUGUAUCCAACUAUUUUCUCCAAUUCUCCUCUUUUUUAUAAUAAUUGGUUAUUUCUUCAUCUGGUAUAUUUUCACUUCAAUUGUCGGAAGUUAUACGGUAUUCUUGCAUUUAACACAUUCUCAAAUUCAAGAUGAUAUUUAUUUUGAUCGAUUUGAAACUCAACAAUUUUUCGACAGUUUAACAACUCAUAAUAUUAUAAGUGUUUCAUAUAAAAGUAUUGAACAAGAAAUGAAUUCAACAUAUUUAUCGAUUUUUGAUAUUUAUCCUCGAAAAUUGAUCGAAGAAUUGAUGAGUAAAACAAUAUCAAAUCCGGAUCCGACUCAUCCAGAUUAUCCGCAUUAUCAUUUUUUCUCACGAUGUGUAAGUCAUUGAAAACUUGUGUUCCAAAUAUUAUUGUUUUGCUCAUUUUUGCAGCUCAAAAAUGAGACUUUAUGCACGUGGAAGCCUUCGGACUUGUUUGCGAAGCUGCCGAAAUGGAUUGUCUUGCGAUCUUUGAUUGAACCUGAUUUUCGUGUGCCAGCAAUCAGUUAUCUUCGAUAUUUAUCAUUUUUCCAACAAAAUACAUUUGUACCAAUUGCUGGCUUGGUUUGGAAUAUUCGUAAGUUUAAUUAAUUAUUGGAAAAUAAUUUAAAAUCAAUAUAUUUCAGUUGCUCUACCAGCUCUGAUCUUCUUCAAUCUGAUGUUUAUCCAUUUCGCAACUCCUUUGAUUCGUAGAAAAUCUGAAGAUUCAAGCACUGAUGGUUUCAUGUGA